GAGCUAUUGAGAUCAUCCAAGACGUAUCGCACCAAUGUGUUUCGAAUGUGGGGAGCCUGGGUAUUAUCGUAACCAGUGUCCGAGACUCCUCGACGAAGGGAGCUCCAGGGCUGGCGGAUAUCGCGGACGAUCGAUGUCACCACGGCAACGAGACCGGCUGUUUGAACAGCGGUUGGCCUCCGAAGAACCUGGACUACGUCGUCAGCUGGAGGAUCUAGCCAGCACGGUAGCCACGAUGAAGGAAUUCGUGGAGAUCGAGAAUGCUAAGAAGUUGGAAAAAGCUAAACGUAAGCAGGAGCAAGCUGAACGGAAGCUGCGUGAGGAAGAGGAGCGUCGUGCGGAGGAACAAGCGCGUUCAGCGGAAGAGCGACGGCGUAGUAAGAAGGAGGACAGACUGCGGCGUGAAGCUGAGGCAAAGGAGCGAUUUCGUAAGGAGAUGUUGGCCUUGAUUUCUUUGCAUGAGGAGCGAGGCUGCCGACGCCUUACACUCUACACGAGUGGUGGCAGCGUCUGGUGCGGCGGAUGGAAGUCGGUUCGAAACGCAUUUGGCCGCUCCAUCGUGAAGGUUAAGGGCACUAACUGCAAACUCAGUGAAUGUAAGGCGGUUGUGGAGCUAGGCACACCGGUUGAGGUGAGCCAGCUACGCCGGUGGAGACCGAAAGCCGGACCUGAUAAGCAAUUCCUCACCUCCUUGCUGCGAAACCCACGGAGAACUGAUAUAUUGAAUAGUUGUAGCCUGGAGGUAUUGGUACGGCUAAAUGGUGUUGCAGCUGAUUUCCAGAAGCAGUCUACCACUGCUUACCUUCGUCGAUUGGUGUCAAGAUCGAUCAAGCACACCUAUGGGUGGAACCUUAAUGCGAGAAUGAUUGUGCGAUUGAAAUUCGACGACCGGAUUCACUUGGUGGAAGUCUGGAAGUUGGUGAAUGAUGUCAUCGGAGACCUUGAUCUACCUCUGUGUAUGAAGUACGUUGCAUGGAACGGUGUACGCAUUGUUUGGGUGAAAAACCCAUCUGUGGCAGAUUUGAUACACAAUCAGCACGAGUUUUCUAAAGCUGAUGUGUUAACCUGCACCUGCGCAGGUUUUCCCUAUCCUAGGAUGGGAGGUCACGUGCAGUGCCGACUACAGGAGUUGGAUGAGGUGCAUCCACUGCUGUGUAAUGCCAACAAUGCGCCUAAGCAGAAUCAUCCGGAGAGAGCGAAACUUCUGAUGAGGGAAGUAUCAGAUGGGGUGAAUGAUUGGUCGAAUUUUCAAGGUGUACCGCUUGUGAUUCGUGAAGACCGUGUCGCUAAGUGUCUGACGGCGGCACCAGUUUUGAAAUCUAAGUGUUUAGAGAUGGAUACGGUAGGGGAUCUGAAGCAACGUUUGCCUGGGUUGGUGCUGACGCCUUUGGACCGCAACCCAGGGGAAACCCUGGUGCUCUGUCCGAGGGUAUACUACGAGGCCAUGUUGGAGUUGUUUGUUCGUAGCCCUGGCUACACAGUGAUGUCAGAGUCGGAGCAAGUGCUUAUGACUAGGAUGAAGGCGGACGCGAAGGAGUUGGGUCUGCAACGUUUUGUGAGAUGGGACAACAAAGGGCACUUUGGCGAGGCAUACGCUCUGCCAAAGCAUAAGGAGUUGGUGAGAUAUCAACCUAUAUGUCCGAUGUAUGCUGAGUCGACGGUAAGGACGUGUAAAGUUGUGGCUAAGGUUCUUAACCAUUUGAUGAACACGCUACCUAUCAGCUGACACUUUAACCUGAAAUCGGUGGCAUCGCUGGUACCUCGCCUUGAGAGCAUCAAUAAGAAGAUUGGGCACAUAAUUGGAGGCGCUGAAGUGUCCGUGAUGUCAUAUGACAUC